AAUAUUCUUAUUCUGAAUAUAUAUUAAGAAAUAGAUCUGCCAUCUGAAAAAUGUCUGAUUCAACUUUAACGGAUAAGAAGAAACUGCGAAUUACGACAUAUAUGUGUCCAGAUUAUCCAGAAGGUCUGUACCAGGUUUACAAAGAAUUCUUUGAACAUUGUUUGGGUGUAGAAUGUGAGUUGAACAUCAUCAAUUCGCAUGCACAUGAUGAAAGCCCCUUUGCUAAGGACAUAGCUGAUAUUGUCUUCAUGAGUUUGGUGUCCUACGUAAAGAUCCUGCAACAACAGCAGCAUGAUGGACCAGUCCUUUGUGAUGCACUUCCCGUGGCUCCCAUCUUUGACCUCAUACGUCAUCGAGAUGAUCCCAGAUCCUACUCUGAGAUCAUUAUUUUGAGUAGUAAAAAGGACCAUGUGAAAUCAUUCGAUGAUCUGCGAGGUCAUAGAUGGUCAGUUGUAAAUGACAGGUCCUUGGUCCUCUAUGAACUUUCCAAGAUGGGCCAUUAUUCAAGUUUCUUCAGCUUCAUAAUACACACAAAUAACGAAAGAGAAGCAAUCAGGUCGGUGUUGGAACACUCAUCUGAUGCUACCUCAGUUGAUGCGGCCAUCUUGAAAAGUUACUUGGACCAGUAUCCUGAUUAUGCCAACAAACUCCACAUCCUCAAAAGCUGGGGACCGUACCCUCCGGAGCCCAUUGUUCUCAGCAACAAUUUAUCUUCUGAAAUAAAAACCAAACUUGUAUCUUCACUGAUGAACAUCAAGCAACACCAUCCUGAAUUCGCCAGCAAGUUUAGGAAGCACAAUGUCACCGGGUUCGACUGCAUCGAUGUACACAAAUUUCAGGAGAUGGCCGAGUCUCUGAGAAAUGCUGAGAGGAUGAAGAUGCGUCCCGUCUAUUAUUAGUGCGUGCAUGCAUGCACGAAUCAGUGAAUUGAUGCAUUCAUGGAUUAGUGAAUUGUUGAGUGAUUAUGUGAGUUGAUGAGUUAUUGAAUGGGUGUGAAUGAGUGAAUUGAUGGAUGUUUGAAUGACAUGGGGAGUGAAUUGAUGAAUGGUUGGGCGAUUGAAUGAAUGAUGAGUAUGAGUGAAUCCAUAAAUCAUUAGACGAUGAUAAAUAAAGUAUAAAUGGAAUAGAGUUGUUGUUCGUUUGUUCAUCUCAUUCGAAUUGACGUCAUGAUAUUAUUUAAACUCAUUCUUCCUCCCCGCACUUGGCCAUAACUCUGCACAGACAUAUCUCUACAAUUAUUUUAUCAUAAUAAUAUUUUAUUAUUAUAAUUAUAAUAAUUUUAUUGGAUAAUAGUAUUAACUAUUAGAUUUGGCGAAAUAAUUUUAGAAUUAAUUUAUUAACAGUUCCUGUUCAGUAUCUCGUUUUUAGUGUGUGUAUAUUCGUGUGUGUGUGUGUAUGUGUAUGUGUGCGUGAGUCUGUGUGCGUGUGUAUAAUCUAUACUGAUGUUUUAUUUUCAUUUGUUUUUAUCAUGUCGCGAUUGCAGUUGUAAAAAUUUUUUAACUUUCUCGUAACCACCUGUUAUAUUUACAUGUGGCACAAUUCAGAACAUAAUGAUUUGACAAUCAUCUCUGCGCCUCUAAUAAGAUUGAUAGUUAGAUAUAUGUGUGCGUGUGCGUGUGCGUGCGUGUGUGCGUAGGUUGAUAGGUUGUCUGGUUUAGUCUGUCUUCUGGGUUAUUGACUCGUUAAAUUUUUUAUUAACUUUUCCUUACCGUAUCGUGUGUGUUCUUUCCAAAGUGUGAUUUGCCAUUGAAUCUGCUGUACCCCUGGUGAUUAGUUCACCACUUUCUGAAAGUGAAAGAUUUAUUUUUGAAUUUUUUUUUCUUCAAAAUUCUUCACCAUUAUGUGCCAUUUUAAUUCAGCAAACAUUCUUUGAGUUUAUUAAUUUGCACUAGCAAAUUAUUCUGCGUCAAAUUUCGUUGAUGCCAAAGAAAUUAAUAAAAAAGAAUUCGAUUGA